AUGUUGCCGCACAAACCUCAAUACCCAAAGCAUAAGCCGGUAGUUAUAACGCUAGAAAAUAUUGUUCAAAUCUACAGUUCUGCUUAUUUCACGAUGCCGAAAAACAAGAAAAAGCAAGAGAGCUCCAGUAGUUCCGACAGUGACGAUGGGCCAGUGGAUAGAAAUCCUCCUGCUGAAAAGAAAGCCAAAUUAGCUAGCAGUAAUAGAACAGAUGACAAGGAACCAACAUGGGUUCUUCAAGGAAAAAAGUUAGUUAAAGUAAGGGAGUUCAAAGGCAAGGUGUAUGUAGACAUAAGAGAGUUUUAUGAAAAGAAUGGUGAAUUGUUACCUGGUAAGAAGGGCAUCAGCAUGACUCCAGAGCAAUGGAGAAAGUUAUUGUCACUUGGCGAUGAAAUAAAUGAAACAGUUAGUUCCUUAUGUUAA